AUGGCUGACUCUGGACGUGGAGGCCGGGGCGGUGGUCGCGGUGGUCGAGGAGGAGACCGUGGCGGCCGUGGAGGAGAUCGUGGCGGUCGAGGAGGAGGAGAUCGCGGUGGUCGAGGAGGUGGACGUGGAGGCGGCGAGUUCCAACCCCGAGGUGGCGGCGAUGGCGGCGGCUUCCGUGGUGACCGAGGCGGCGGACGUGGCGGCUUUAGAGGAGACCGCGGCGGCCGUGGCGGCGGUCCUGGAGGAGAUCGUGGUGGCCGUGGUGGUGGCUUCAGAGGUGAUCGGGGAGGACGAGGUGGCUUUGAGCGCGGUGGACGAGGUGGGGGUGGACGCGGUGGUUACGGCGGUUUCGAACGCAGAGACCCAUUCGAGGGCGAGGCUCAAUUCUUCGGUCAGAACAAGCCCAUUCCCCAGCUCGAUGGCAGCACAACCGAGCUCGAGAAUCGCAUCGUCAAGUCUCACCAGGCCAAGGACACCGACCUCGUCAAGAAGAUGAGCUCGAUGAAGCUCAUUGAAGCAAACUCGGCCGCCCUCAUGCCCCGUCGCCCUGCCUACGGCACCAAAGGCAACAAGGUCCUCCUAUGGGUCAACUACUUCCGCCUCACCGUCAACCCUGACGUCGUCUGGCGAUACAAUCUUGAAGUCCGCAAGGGCGAAUCCAAGGACAAGGAGCCUUCAAAGGAGAAGGAAUCUACACCUCAGGGCAAGGGCAAGGGCAAGGGCAAAGGAAAGGAGAAGGCCCAGCCUGGUGGUGGCGGCAGUGGCGGCGGCGGCGAUGGAGAUGGUGCUCCAGCUUCCAUCCCUGCUCGCAAGUUAAAGAUCAUUCUGCAGGCUGCUCUCGAAGAGUUGAAGAACCUCGAGCCAGGCGCUGUUCUCGCCACAGAGUUCAAAAGCCAGCUAGUCUCGCUGAAGAAGCUCAAGUUGGCCGUUAACCCGAUUAAGGUCAUCUUCACGCAGGAGAACUCAGACAGGUCAGAGAGCUACUUGGUCAAGAUUGUCGGCGAAACCGAAGCUCCGUUGAAGGAAAUGAAGGAGUACCUCAAAACCAUGAUCGACAGGAGCGACCCGGAUGAAUCCAACUUCCCUAGGUUUGCAACCUCUGUUGAUGCCCUCGGCGUCAUUCUUGGCUACACUGCCCGUAAGAAUGACCAGGUCACUGCUAUUGGCAAGGGCCGGUUCUUCCCUUGGGGUCAAGGAUCUGCCAGUCAACAGCUUGGUCGACAGGAUUCUCUCACGGCUAUUCGGGGGUACUUUCAGAGCGUGAAACUGGGUACAGGGUCAAUGCUCUUGAACGUCAACGUCACCCAUGGUGUCUUCAAGAUGCCCGUCAGUGUUCGCGACCUUUGUCUUUGGUCUCAGGUCGAUGUCUUCCAAAGGAGCCCUGCAGAUGUCUCACGGGUCAUCACCAGACUUCGCGCCCUGUCCAAGUUCUUGGCUCGCACUCGCGUCGAGAUUAAGUUCAAGGAUGCCAAGGGAAAAGAGAUCACCCGCAAGAAGACGAUCCUCGGCCUUGCAUACAGGUCAGACAUCAGGAGCAACGAUGUUAGAUUUGCGGAUUCAUGGCACUUUGGUGGCCCUCGACAGGUGUCCUUCAGGAUGGCGGCAGCACAAGGACAAAACACUGUGAUGAACAACAGACCGCCAGGCAUGUACACAGUCGAGCAAUAUUGGACUUGGAAGUACGGCACAGCUCCCGACCUCACCUUGCCUCUCGUCAACCUCGGAACCCGCGAAAAGCCUACAUUCUUCCCUGCUGAGAAGUGUACCAUCAUUCCUGGCCAAGCUGUUCGUGCAAAGCUCAACGGCCAGGAGACGACAGAGAUGCUCAAUUUCGCUUGCCGAUCCCCUUUCAGCAACGCCAUCUCCCUCACUGUCGACAGCUGCCAAGCUUUGGGCCUUGACAGCGAGGUCGUCAAGGAUUUUGGCCUCAAGGUCGACAAGAAUCUCUUGACGGUCAACGGUCGCGAGCUGAUGACGCCGCUUAUUGCAUAUGCGAACAAGAACAUCACGGCUUCACGAGGCUCGUGGAACAUGGUCAAUGUCAAGUUUGCCAAGAUUGGACCCAACAUUCCUAAGUGGACUUGGGUGCGUAUCAAGGACAACUAUUCGAGGACCCCGACCAGCGAUGUGGCUCGAAUCGUCGGCAACUUUGUUCAGUUCCUCAAGACCAGCGGCAUGAGCAUCUCGGAUACCCCUCUUCCGCUUAAAGAUGAAGAGCGCGAAAUUGGUGACAACCCCAACGCGAUCGCUAGGAGAUUUGGGUGGCUGGACGAGCGUCUCAGUCACGUUACCAAGGGUGUCUUCUUGCUCGUCGUCCUGCCGAGGCAGGAUACCGCAUUGUACAGCAAAAUCAAGACGCUUGCAGACACGGAGUACGGCUUCCACACUGUGUGCGUUGUGGAGAAAACCUUCAUGAAGGACAACGCGCAGACCUACGCCAAUGUUGGUCUCAAGUGGAAUCUGAAGAAUGGCGGUGUCAACCACAUCGUCAGGGAUCCCAUUGACAUUGUCAAUCAGGGCAAGACUAUGAUUGUUGGCUACGACGUCACCCACCCGACCAACAUGCCAAAUGACAAGAACGCCGCACCCAGUCUGGUCGGCUUGGUUGCCAGCGUUGACAAGGACAUGGGUCAAUGGCCGGGUGUCGCGUGGGAACAGAGCAGUCGCCAGGAGAUGCUUGGUGACGAACUGAUCACCCACUUCAAGCGUCGCCUCGAGCUCUGGAGAGCGCGCAACGCUCAAAAUCUCCCGGAAUACAUCAUCAUCUACCGUGACGGUGUGUCGGAAGGUCAGUUCACACAGGUUCUCGAUGUUGAGCUGCCUAUGAUCCGCCAAGCCUGUACCGCGACGUACGGAAACCGCAGGCCCAAGAUCUCGAUCAUCGUGUCUGUCAAGCGCCACCAGACUCGGUUCUACCCGACCUCGGAAGCCACUAUGGAUCCCAAGUCGCGCAACAUCAAGGCCGGCACGGUUGUCGAUCGUGGCAUCACUCAAGCGCGUUACUGGGACUUCUUCCUCACCGCUCACACCGCCUUAAAGGGCACCGCCCGUCCGGCGCACUACACGGUGCUCUUGGAUGAAAUUUUCCGCGAUAAGUACGGUGUUGGCGACAGGGCGGCGGACAACCUCGAGAAGCUUACUCACGACCUCUGCUACUCGUUUGGCCGAGCGACCAAGGCUGUCAGCAUCUGCCCCCCGGCAUACUACGCAGACAUUGUGUGCGAGCGAGCCCGUGUUCACCGCCCUGAUUACUUCGACGCGUCGGAGGCGUCAGAGACUGGCAGUACCAUUGGCGGCGGCGGCGGUCCGUCGACUUCGAGCGUGAGCGUGCACGAGAACUUGAAGGACACGAUGUACUACAUCUAA